CCUCUACCAAUACAAAUGCGCCCUAAGCAUCAUGACUCAUCCUCCAUCUAUAUAACCCAAACCACCACCACUCCACUCUAUCAUCCUUCAAAGACCACCUCGCACUGCGAAAAUGCCUCUCCCAACCUCCCACACUCGGGAUCUCGAAUUCUCAAUUCUAGACGUCUUCACCUCCACCCGCUUCGCCGGCAACCCCCUCGCCAUCGUCUUCCUCCCCCCAACCUCGGAAUACAACCCCACCCAAUCGCAACUCCAAGCAAUCGCAUCCGAAUUCAAUCUCAGCGAGACCAUCUUCCUCCACCAGCCAGAUGAUUCAGACAUCACCCACGCGAUCCAACGCGCCCGCAUCUUCACCUCCACCCGCGAGAUCCUCUUCGCGGGCCACCCCACCAUUGGCGCAGCCGCCUACCUACUCAUCCAAAACCCGCGACAGCAUGUGCUCAAGUCCCUAGUCCCAGGCGCGGGCCCCAUCCCCAUCGCCCUCGCAGACGGGAAGGAGGGCUUCGUCGAAGCAAUCGUGCCGCAUACGUACCACGAGCACGCGCAGCGCUGUCCCGCAGCAAGGCUGUUAGCGCUGCACUCUACCCUAGCGCCAUUCGUGGGCGCGGAGCAGACGUUUCCGGUGGUGAGUAUCGUCAAGGGGAUGACGUGGGUGCUGGUUGAGCUCGCCUCGCUCGAAGCGCUCGCGGCCGCGAAAUUGGGGAAUGCGGCGGCGAUGAUUAUGGGGGACGGGGGGCUGCUGGAUGAGGGGUGGGAGUAUGUGGCGCCGAUGGGUGCUUAUUUCUACGUUCGUAGCCCGGAGGGGGAGGGGGUGGAGCAGGGUGUUGAGACGGUGCGGACGAGGUAUAUGGUGAGGCAGAUUGAGGAUCCGGCGACUGGGAGCGCGGCGAGCGCGUUGACGGGGUAUUUGAGUUUGAAGGAGGAAGGGGAGAGGGGUGGGAAGCGAGGGUGGAAGAUUGUGCAGGGGGUGGAGAUGGGGAGGCGGAGUGAGAUUGGGGUCGAGGUCAAGGUUGAGGGCGGGAAGAUUGAAGAGAUCGAGAUUAGUGGGACGGCGGUUGUGGUUAGUGAGGGGAGGAUUAGGGUGUAGGUAGGGGUACUAGGUCCUUUGAUAGAUUCAACAUCUCCAACUUGUCUACUUUAACGGAGGCAAUCCACCGUAGGUUAAAAAAGCCGCUCGAGAAAAGAAACCCCCAGAGUACUCCCUAGAGUAUUUCAUCAUCGAUGCAUGUCUAUAUCUAGCGGCCCUCGUUCAACGUGGCCGGCCAUGCCUACUGGUU